CGUGGGAGAGCGCGGUGGGCGGCUGUCGGUGGGGACGGCGAAGUGGGGCUUGUGCUUUGGAAGGUCAGUGACGGUGCAAGAUCGACGACGGCCGAGCCGGGGGCGGGACGCGAUGGAGGAGGCACCGCGGCUCAUUCAGCGCUGUUCCUCGUGGAGAUCGACCGACUCGGAGUGCGCCACUGCCCCGUCUGACUACGUCACAGCGCCAGCCGCUGCUGCCACCUCGAGGGGCGCUGACCGGUCAAAGUGCUCCGCGCUGGAUUCAACGCUGGACACUGCGCCGCCAUCCUCGGAAGACGAGUGGACAUACGACCCCGACACGGGGGAGGGCCCGCAGUGGCUCUCCGCCUCACGGACCGAGCCUCCCCCCGCCGCCGGCGGCGCUCCAGAGAAGUCGGAGCCAGUGCGCGCCGUCAGGGCUGGGUGCGGCGAGUGGUGGCGGCCUCCGCCUCAGUGGUGCGGCGAUCGGCGCGCGGCCGGCGCCGUGACGUCCGGGGACGCGCCAGUGACGGGUGACGUGUGGACGCAGCAGGUGGAGGACGACGCGCGGCCCGGGCGGACGGCAGAGCUCUCCGACAUCGCGAGGCGCAUCGUGUCGCUGAACAGUGCGCUGCAGGGCGUGGAGGCGCAGCUUACGCGGCUCGAGCGGGACAUCCCCGAGGUGCCUGCUCGGGACGAGAACGAGUCCCCGUCGGAGGUAGCACUAUCUUGCGGCGCGGCGGUGGCGACAUCUGGUCCAGUGGUACAGGCGCCGCCUGGUGAGGCGGGGACAGCGAGCCUCGCAGAAGACGACGGGCCGGGCACGCGGACCGAGAGCACCGUCGAGAAGUAUGAGGCUGAACUCAGCCCUGGGGUAAGGAUGUGUUGCGAGUGCUUGUGUGUAAACGGCAUCAGACAAGCGAUUGGUACUGUUAUUAAGGACGUGGGUGCACAACCAUCGGAUGUCUUGAUUAACCUGCCCCCUAGCGAUGUUAAUGACAAUCCAUAG